AUGGAGGAGGAGGUCUCCCCGGGCCCUCGCCCGGCCGGCCCCAGCCGCAUCCCGGGCCCCCCGCUGCGGCGGUACGGCCCCUCCGGGACCCCCACCCAGCGGAGCUGCCUCUGGGUCACCCUGAGGCACGGGGGGACCCCCUGGCAGCGGCUGCGGGGCCCAGCCCCCAUCACCCCCGUCCCCCCACGCCCCCGGCACGCUCCGGGGCCUGGCGGGACUGAGGCUGCCCCAGCGGAGAAGACGCUGGGCACCGGGGACCCACACACCGGACCAGUGGAGAGCAAAACCGAAGCAGCCAUGUCUGAGCUAGUCCCAGAGCCGCGACAAAAGCCAGUAGUGCCGAUGAAACCCAUGGGCAUUAAUGCCAACUUGCUGGGCUACAUCGGCAUCGACACCAUCAUUGAACAGAUGCGCAAGAAGACCAUGAAGACAGGUUUCGACUUCAACAUCAUGGUUGUAGGUCAGAGCGGGCUGGGAAAGUCGACGCUGGUGAACACCCUCUUCAAAUCCCAGGUGAGCCGCAAAUCUUCGGGCUGGAACCGGGAGGAGAAGAUCCCCAAGACAGUGGAGAUCAAAGCCAUCGGGCAUGUUAUUGAAGAAGGCGGUGUCAAAAUGAAGCUGACAGUGAUAGACACCCCAGGAUUUGGAGACCAGAUCAACAAUGAGAACUGCUGGGAGCCUAUCGAGAAAUACAUCAACGAGCAAUAUGAAAAAUUUCUGAAAGAGGAAGUGAAUAUUGCAAGGAAGAAGCGAAUUCCAGACACACGAGUGCACUGCUGCCUCUACUUCAUCUCCCCCACAGGCCACUCCCUGCGGCCUUUGGACCUGGAGUUCAUGAAACACCUCAGCAAGGUAGUGAACAUCAUCCCGGUUAUUGCCAAGGCUGACACCAUGACCUUGGAGGAGAAGAUUGAAUUCAAACAGAGAGUGCGCAAAGAGCUCGAAGUAAACGGAAUUGAGUUUUACCCCCAGAAAGAAUUUGAUGAGGACUUGGAGGAUAAAACAGAGAACGACAAAAUCAGGCAGGAAAGCAUGCCCUUCGCAGUAGUGGGCAGUGACAAGGAGUACCAAGUGAAUGGAAAAAGAGUCCUGGGCAGGAAAACACCUUGGGGAAUCAUUGAAGUGGAAAACCUCACUCACUGUGAAUUCGCCCUCCUUCGAGAUUUUGUCAUCAGGACCCACCUUCAGGACCUGAAAGAAGUGACCCACAACAUCCACUACGAGACCUACAGGGCCAAGCGGCUGAACGACAACGGAGGGCUGCCCCCCAUGACCGCUGAGACAGAGGAAAACCACGAAAGUAAUCUGUGA